GAGUUCAUGGUCACACUGGAAAGAACCGCUAAAGUUAACUUUCACACACAUGUCUUAAGAGAAAAAGAAGUAUUGUAUGGGUGGAUUGUGGAAAACUUGGCAAAAAUGAGGAUGCGCCAAAAACUGGGCUGCUGGCAGCAAAUUCUGACCUUGCUGGGAACGAAUUCCAUGUCAGAGCAGGAAUGGAAUACAAUUUUCAAAGGGUUCCUUGAAAGCUGGCUGAAUCCCUACUGUAUCCAAAUCAGCUGCGAUCCCAGCAUACCGAUAAGACCGGAGUUCUUGGUGAGACCGAGAAAAGUGCUGCAGGGUAACCAGCCAGGAUCGAUGGCCAAAAUUCCAGAGGCCGUUGUUUUCCCAGGACCCACCAAUUCUACAACAAAAUCUCUGCCGCGUGAAGCUCCAAGUUCCAGCAAGUCCCGUGAUACCAUAGUAAAUUCAACAGAUUGUGAGUCUGAUAAUGGAGAAAGAUCUCCAAGUCAUUCGAAUAAAAGUUCUACGUAUAAAAAUCCUGGUAAUUCCGAAUAUGCUAAAAUCUGGAAACAGGGCAAAAGGCAUACGACUGCCAGUUCCUCAAAAGCUCGAAUUACCAAGCGCCGAGAUUCUAAGCUCUUAAGUAUGAAGCAGCGCCCAGAUACAUUUGCAUCUGUCGCCAAAGGUCCAGUACCAAGUGCUAGUGCUCCCAACGGAAAUGUUUUCAAGUGCAGAGAGGCAUCGCCUCAUGCUCCAGACUUCAGUACCAUCAAGACGAAAGAUUCAUGUGCUUCUCCAGAUGUUCUUGCCUUAUAUCUCAAGAAUAGUGCGUCCAAACCAACACAACGUCGAAAAUCAUUUGGUCCCACACAAGAUUACGAAGCUUCUUCAAACAAAAUAAUCAAGCGUCGAAAUACGUGUAUUCCCACAGAUACUCCGCAAUAUUUAAAACUAAAAACCGGUAAGGGACAAAAUUCAGGCGAAAAACCUAAUUACAAACAGCAACUCAAGACUCCACCGCCAUCCAUGCGCGAUAACGUGUCCGAGGAAUCAAGCGACGAAUGCGAUGACCAACUGCCGCUUUCAAAAUUGCUGGUAAAGAUGAAAAGCGAUAAACCCCUAGAUUUGUCAUGCAAGAUAAAGUUGACUCCUAAAGAUCCAUCAUUAAAAACUAACUUCACCGUGCAGAGUAAGCAGUCAGCGGAGAUGUUAACUAUAAAACCAAAAAGUGAGACGACUCGGGCAAAGCCACUGCGAAAUUCUGCUCAAAAGCGGUCCAAGCAGUUGAAACAGAGGCUUAAAGUGCCACCGCAGACAACGUUACUUCAGUUGCAGGACAAGCAAUCACUCCACGAACAGAUCAGUCAGCAGGCCGAAAACUUCUCAAAAGUAUCUGGACAGCAGAAUCCAUCGACAUCUCGAGUCCAAAGGAACACACGGCAGAACAAAAUGAGGAACAGUGGCGUAAAAUCAAUAAGCGCCAAAUCGUUGAUGCCAGCCCAUAUACCACUAGACUACGCACCAAAUAGAAUGCAUAUGGAUCAGGCACUGGGUGACGCCAUAAAAUUAUCCGGUCCCGUGGGCGGCGAAGAAGCCAACGUCGAGUUAACACACGAUGGCGUGUAUGACAUACCAAUUGAGAUAUGUCGUGAGGUCGAGGAGAUCGAUCGCUGUCUGGAGAAUUUUAGCAAUAAUACACCCAGCGAGAUCGAUUGCCAGCUAGUUCAGAGCAGCGAGUUCUUUGAGAAGCUGACGAGACCAUCGACAGUAGAGGUAGAUAAAUCCGAUUUGAUAGACAUCUUUAUGGCAGGAAAUGAAGAGCUGGACUACGAGGACGAAGAUGACGAUGUGCUUUCAAUGGCUGCCUCAUGGGAUGGACUCAAUGAUGAGAUUUUGCCUGAGCUCGAACCGAUAGAGAACACGAAAACGGCGGAACAGAUACUCCAGCCGGAUCCAGAAGAAGUCCCAAAAAUGCAAAAGAUAAACUCGUUUCGAAUUCCAAAACUAAAUGCUGAAGAUUUGAAGACACAGCCCUCCGUGAUGCGUUCCCUCUACGAAAUGGAGGAGUUGGAAAAGAACAACAAGGAGUCUGCAAAGCCUGUGCCGCUGUCACUAGUGGAUCCCCCAUUAGCUGAAUCCAAUCGCAAGCUACGCGACGAAGCAACUGCUGCCCGACGGGCCAAAGAAACAUUGCCAGUAUUUGCACCACCAUAUCGCAUAGCACCAGAAUCGGCAGUUGCGCUGGUCAGCGCCAACAGCCAAGUACCUCUUCCCACGUCAGCCUUCAACGAAGAAGUUUCUUUUAAAGAAGUUUUCGGAUUAAGGUGCAUGCAAAGUGUGGACAACAGGUGCAUCUCUUUCAAUUGUGAUCAUACGAUGAGCAGUUUGGGCGAAGUCCAGAGACGUUUGCUCAGGAUGGACGAGGACAACUUGGUGAACAUCUACCGACAGACGAUACGAAGCUUUACCCUAUUCCAGACCUACUACACCUCGUUUGUCGACAUCUUCGAAUUUCGCCACCUCUGGCAGCAUUUGUUAAUCAUGCUGGCCGACUGCCGCUUGUACAAAAGCAUUUCAGCUCCACUACUGGCACACGCCUAUGAAGCUCUACAUAAGUGCGGCAUGCAGAAAGAGGCUGUGAAAUGCAUUAUGGAGCAUGUGUGGUUGCCAUGCAAGGCGCACAAAUAUCGCGAUUUGAUGCUAAUGACGCUAAAUAUUCUGUCCAACGCCAACUGGGAGGAUUAUUGCGAUGAGCUAAUAAAACUGGACAAGGAUUAUAACUUUGAGAUACCCCAAAAAAACUUGAUCACCAUACUCAAAUCUUCCGUAGACCGCGCAGAUAAAUUUUCAAACGCCCUUGAUUUGAUCACCCUACAUCCAAAUUCUAUUUGUACCAACGAAACCAUAAUGUCGAUUCUAAACACCACAUCGAAAGGCUACAGGCAGAAUGAAAGUGCGAGCGCAAGCCAGGGGACGCCAGGAGCGGAAUCUGGUCCUUCCUUGAUUAUUGCACCAUCCGACGAUGUUCAGCCGUGUCCACCAUUUAGAAGACACUCCACAGUUCACAAUUUUAGACAUUCGCCAAUAGCCGCCCAUAACUCAAAUAAAAACAAUAGUUUUCAUUUUUCAAAUGAAUAUGCGAACAAUAAAAACUACCUAGAUUAAGCAAAUUAAAUGAAUGGAAAAUAUCGGUCUCGUUUUGACACUUAUAGUAAUCUCUUCAUUUCCCCUGAUAAACACCAGUCUGAAUGAA